AAAAUGGCAGAAGAAAAUCAUUCCUCAAUCACUGAGUUCAUCCUGGCUGGGCUAACAGAGAAGCCAGAGCUCCAGCUGCCACUCUUCCUCCUCUUCCUAGGAAUCUAUGUGGUCACAGUGGUGGGGAACCUUGGUAUGAUCACACUAAUUGGACUCAGUUCUCACUUGCACAACCCCAUGUACUAUUUCCUCAGCAGUUUGUCUGUCAUUGAUCUCUGCCAUUCCUCUGUUGUUACCCCCAAAAUGUUGGUAAAUUUUGUGUCAGAGAGAAAUGCAAUCUCCUACCCAGCAUGCAUGACUCAACUCUACUUCUUUCUUGUUUUUAUUAUAUCAGAAUGUCACAUGUUGGCUGCAAUGGCAUACGAUCGCUAUGUUGCCAUCUGUAACCCACUGCUUUAUAAUGUCACCAUGUCUUAUCAGGUCUGCUUCUGGAUGGUAAUAGGGGUGUAUAUAAUGGGAUUGAUUGGUGCCACAGCUCAUACAGUCUGUAUGCUGAGAGUGCUUUUCUGUAAAGCUGAUAUAAUAAACCAUUAUUUCUGUGAUCUUUUUCCAUUACUGGAACUCUCUUGCUCCAGUAUUUAUAUCAAUGAGGUAGUAGUUCUGUGCUUCAGUGCAUUUAAUAUCCUUGUCCCCAGCCUGACCAUCCUUAGCUCUUAUAUCUUCAUUAUUACCAGCAUCCUCCGCAUUCGUUCAACUGAGGGCAGGUCCAAAGCCUUCAGCACUUGCAGCUCCCAUAUGUUGGCGGUUGCUUUCUUCUUUGGUUCUGCAGCCUUCAUGUACCUGCAGCCAUCAUCUGUCAGCUCCAUGGAUCAAGGAAAAGUGUCUUCUGUGUUUUACUCCAUUAUUGUGCCCAUGCUAAACCCUUUAAUCUACAGCCUAAGGAAUAAAGAUGUGAAAGUCUCCCUAAAUAAGUUCCUUAAAAAAAGUUUCCUGACAUGCCAGUCAUCUUGCUGGAUGGAUAGAAGAUAA